CCAAAAUUCAUCAGAAUAAUUGCAAGGCACCAUCAACCGUAUAUUUUUGCCACGUAACAAAACUUAAAUGGUGAGAGUGGCCAAGGAAUCUUUAGUGUUGUAAGUGCGGUGGCCGCAUGUGGGCCAUAACCCUCUAGAUCAGGUCUCACUAUUAGACAAAGAACAUUAUAGAGACUGGUCCCACGCAAAAGUGACCUUUUGAAAAUCAUUUUAGGAAAUUAUUUUUAAUUGAAUAUGAUAAUGUUAUUCUUUUUAUUAUUAGUGUAGCAAAGUGGAAAUCAUCACCCAGCAAUUCCGAACUCUACCACCCACUCCAUAAAUUUGUAGCUCUUAACUUGGCUUUGGUGGAGGGGAUUUAUAACAAUAAAACCACUCCCAAUAACUCUCCAAUUCUUCACCUCGAUUUGAUUUUUUUUUUCUUGUUUCUGUUUUCCUAGUCAUGUUAGGGAAGAGACCACGUCCAAUGAUCGGAAAAUUGUCUGAACUAUUGGUUUCUGGCAACAAACCCGAGUUUUGGGAUGCUGCUAAAAGCCCCAAAAGUCCAUCACCUAGAGGUUUGAAGAUUUAUGAUGAUGUAGGUGCGGUUGGACUAGGAAUUGUUGCUGCACUAGAGAAGUCUAGUACUGGUUCUUGCAGGCAAGCUAUUUGUAGCUCAAAUUUGAAUAUUAGAUCAAAUGCAAUUGUUGUCAAUUAUCCUGGCAAGAAUUGUGAUGGAUUUAGAGGAAGAUAUGAGGAUUUAGAGAUGGAAAGCCUGGAGGAUUAUACUUAUGUGACAAGCCAUGGACCUGGUAAGUCAUCUACAAAGGUGUAUUAUGAUGGAGGUUAUGAACAAAUGAGAAGUUGUACUCCAUAUGACAGUAACGGGUUUAAGGAAAUCCCAGCAGCAAGCUUUGUUGAAGACGUUACUUACCCAACUUCAGAUUUUCUCAGUUCUUGUCAUCUAUGCAGGAAAAAGCUGCAUGGCAAAGACAUAUACAUGUAUAGAGGGGAAAAAGCCUUUUGCAGUUCAGAGUGUAGGUCAACGCAAAUAAUGAAGGAUGAGAGGAAAGAACGAUGCAGAUCAGAAGCUUCAAGAUCUGCAAAAGUCUCAACCUCUUCUUAUAAUACAGGGCAAAUCUUCUCAACAGGGAUUCUUGCAAUUUAGCCUGAGCAUGCAGUUUGUGAUUUUGGCUGCCCUGCAUAUAUAAUCUAUAGGAAAAUUCCUUACCGUUAUGAGGAUUAAUAAUAGCUUUUAUUUCCCAAAGUCAAUUCAUAAACAAGAAGAAAUUAAAAAAAAAAAAAAAAGAGAUGAAAUUUUGGUCGUUCGGAUUGGAGGAGUAGGGCUUAUGCUGUAAAAAGCAAUAUGAAGUUUGAUAAGAGAUGAACUUCCUUUUGUAGUUUCCAUUUUCUUGCUCUUUCCAUUCUUCUUUCUUUCUAAGAGAAAAUGAUAAAGAAAGGUUGAUGCCUUUUUAUUUAAUGUUUAAUAAUUAAAAACUGAAGCAAAAUAUCCAUAUAUGAUCCGUUAGAAAGUUAGAAACAAGAAGCUAUCUCCCAAAAGCCUCAAUCCAGUUAGCAAACGAAUGGAUUUGGUAAGUAGGGUUAAUUCUGGUCACCGGUUGUUUGAGCAACUUACCUGUUUCU